CUCACACGCUCAUCUGCUUUUCGUGCUCGGAUGCAUCCUCCAACUGGGCCUGCCUGAAGCCUGUCAAGUGCGGGGAGAAUGAAAACCACUGCGUGACGACGUAUGUCGGAAUGGGAAUCGGCAGCAAAUCUGGCCAGUCCAUCUCCAAAGGAUGCUCUCCCAUUUGCCCCAGCGCCGGGAUUAACCUUGGCAUAGCAGCUGUCUCGGUUUACUGCUGCGACUCCUUCCUCUGCAACAUCAGCGGCUCCAGCAGCGUGAAAGCCAGCUACGCGGUCCUGGCCUUGGGGGUCCUCGUUAGCUUCAUCUAUGUCCUCAGGGCUCGCGAAUGA